UUUAUAUAAGCUAACAGGCAGAUCGAAGAAUUAAGCUAGGCAGGCUGAUAGAUAGAAGUAGACUUUUCAAUUCCUGUCCUACAGCCUACAACUAAGCCGCCAUGGCCAUGGAGAUUCUGUUUUCUUUAAUUGGGAUAGGGGUUAUAGCCUUGAUUUUGCGUCUGUAUAAUGCUCUGGUGGCUAAGCCGGAGAAGCUGAGGUGUAUUCUGCGGAAGCAAGGGAUUAGCGGCCCGCCGCCGACGGUGGUUCUGGGCAACGUUUUGGAGAUCAAGAAGUACAGAAACGCCAACAGCGUUAAGGCUCCGACGGCCGCCGUGUGCGGCGGCGUGCCCAAGGAACACAACUGUGGUCGUCAGCUCUUUGGUUUCUUUGAGCCAUGGCAAGAGAAGUAUGGGGAAGUGUUCGUGUUUGCUCUUGGAAAUACUCAAAUACUGCAUGUGACUCAACCGGAGAUGGUGAAAGAGAUAACCACAUGCACUUCUCUAGAAUUAGGGAAGCCAACAUAUCAAGCAAAAGAGCGCAGUUCCUUACUGGGUAAGGGCAUCCUCACAUCCAACGGUCCUUAUUGGGCACAUCAGAGAAAAAUAAUUGCACCAGAAUUGUACAUGGACAAAGUCAAGGGAAUGAUACACAUAGUGCAGGAGUCUACAAAGACAUUGAUAGAUAGUUGGAAGAGUAGAAUUGAGAAGGGUGGUGGGAUAGUUGCUGACAUAAAUAUUGAUCCUGAUAUGAGGAGCUUCUCUGGAGAUGUUAUUUCCAAAGCAUGUUUUGGUAGCAAUUUCUCUAAAGGAGAAGAGAUUUUCUCCAAGCUUAGAGCUCUCCAAGAAGCUGCCUCCAAAACCAGCUUAGCCAUUAUUCCUGGCAUGAGGUAUAUACCUACAAAGAGCAACAGGGAAGCAUGGGCAAUAGAGAAGGAAAUAUAUAAGAAUGUUUUGGAGAUGGUGAAAGAGAGGUCAGAAUCUGGGAAUGAUCAAGAUCUGCUGCAGAUGAUUCUUGAAGGGGCGAAAAACGGCGACGGCCGCCUCAGCCCGGACGCCAUAGAUCGCUUCAUUGUUGACAACUGCAAGAACGUCUACUUGGCCGGGUUCGAGACGACUGCAGUUUCAGCCACAUGGUUGCUCAUGCUCCUCGCUGCAAACCCCGAGUGGCAACAACGAAUCCGGGCUGAAGUUCAGAGCAUCUGCAGGGGCCAAACCCCCGACGCUGACAUGAUCCGCAAAAUGAAACUGCUAAGUAUGGCCAUAAACGAAUCUUUGAGACUAUAUCCACCCGUAUCAGUGAUGUCAAGGGAGGCAUUGAGUGACAUGAAGUUUGGCAACAUAAAUGUUCCAAAGGGUGUUAACAUAUGGACAUUUGUGUUACCUUUGCAUACAGAUCCUAAAAUAUGGGGACCAGACAGCUAUGAGUUUAAUCCGGAGAGAUUUGCAAAUGGUAUAACUGGAGCUUGCAAGUUUCCUUAUCUUUACAUGCCAUUUGGGGUUGGUCCAAGGGUGUGUUUGGGGCAGAAUUUGGCAUUGGUUGAGCUCAAGAUUUUGGUCUCUGUCAUCCUCUCUAACUUCGAACUAUCAAUCUCCCCUACUUAUAUCCAUUCUCCUGCUCUCAAGCUGGUUAUUGAGCCUGCAAAUGGAGUGAACCUUCAUGUGAAGAAGCUGGAAUGAAGCUUCAACAUAAUCUUAGUUUACAGCUUAUGUGUAUAACUUGUUCUUAUUGCCUUAUUCUCCUUUUCGCAGUAGUUUCUAAUAUUAAUAAUCACUUUUGUUGAAGAAAUGGUGAACCCUAUAUGUAGUAGUUUUACCAAUGCUUAAUUAACUUAUGGUCCAUUUGGAAA